AUGGACGGCUAUUGGGAUGUUGUGGUGUCAUCCUUGCAAGACAUUUACAAUGCCAACGAGGUCAUUCCCUUCGAUGAUGAUUUGCAGUCCAAAAAAGCGAACUUCUUUGACAUGUCGGAGGAUCAGGUGCAAUUGCAUCUCACCACCUUCCAGGAACACAUGGAAAACGUCAACAGAGUGCACCGUAUCCUUGACAACGUGCGUUCCAAUCUGUCUUUGAUGCUGAAUCAGCCGCACGAGGAAAAGCAUGAGGAAAAUGCGGAGGAUCUAGAAGACGUAGAAGAGGCUGCCACACCAACAUCCUCACAGGGCAAGAAGACCGUCGGGAAAGUGGGCAGAUCGUACUGGGCUAGCGAGUACAACCCGAAUGCUCCCAUUCUGGUGGGCUCAGAGGUUGCCUAUAAACCCAGAAGGGGCAAUGCUGAUGGCGAAUGGAUCCAGUGUGAAGUGCUAAAGAUAAUGGCCGAUGGAACAAGGUUUGAGGUCAGAGACCCUGAACCAGAUGAACUGGGCAAUUCAGGCAAGGUGUUCAAAUGCAACUGGAAAGAACUACUGCUGAUUCCACCAGGUUUCCCCACUAAAAACUACCCGCCAGGCACUAAAGUCCUGGCAAGGUACCCUGAAACCACUACUUUUUAUCCCGCAAUCGUCAUUGGAACCAAGAGAGACGGCACUUGCAGGCUUCGAUUUGAUGGCGAGGAAGAAGUGGAUAAGGAGACAGAAGUAACCCGUCGUCUAGUGCUGCCGUCACCAAUGGUCUCUGCUAAUCCUGCCAAAAAGUAG